AUGUUCUUCCUCACACUGCCAGCCUACCUGGACAUCGAGCAACGAUACGGCUCAGGGGUCUUCUUCGGCUUCGUAAACUGGUUACUUUUCGUCAUCUCCAUGUCAAUGAAGCCAACGGCUGCGCAGGAAGCCAAGACGGUCAAGGACGAUGAGCCCUUCUCCUUUGAGGCCUUCUGUUGGGACAAGCAGGUAUCUGACGAGGCCGCGACGGUGACGAUCAUAGCCCUCUCCAUGGUUCCUUUGUGCGUGUUUCUGUUGGCUGGUCUGAAUGCGGCCAUUGCCCGCUGGACGAAGAGGCCGAAAGAGAGCGUUCCUGUUCUGGGUUGGCUGUUCUUCAGGAUUCCGUGGAGGCUGGCGUAUGCUCUAUACUUUUUCGUCUUCAUGUGGGCCUCCCUGGGCAGCUUGUUCAAGCUCAAGUCUGAGAUAUCCAAGCUCAACGAUGGAGGGGAGGCCAAGUCAGAGGAAAGAUGGGGGUUCGGACAGAUCCUAGCCUUGGCGACGUGGCUACCCGUGUUCGAAGAGGCCAUCAUGGUCACGUACAAAAAUGCACGGUACGCCAACCAGCGAAGGAUGAAUGGGCAUUUCGUUGGCGUUGAGAAGCCGGUCGAGGAGGAGAGCGUUUCCCUCGUGGAGCAAACACCCCAAAGCUAUCUCAAAAUAGAAACACCAAACGAAGUAGCCUAG